AUAUCAAUUCUCGCUCAUGUGACCAUUCAAAAUGGCCGAAGUAAACAACAGAAAUAGAAAUACCUACACAGCUAUAACAAUGAUGGUCUUUUAUAUGUUUUUUCUUAUAUCUGUUGCACAUGCAGUUGAUAAUCCCAACAUAAUAUUUAUUCUGACAGAUGAUCAAGAUGUGACAAUGGGAGGACAGAUCCCAAUGGCAAAAACAAAGAAAUUGGUUGGUGAUCAAGGAAUAAUUUUUAAUAACAUGUUUACAACAAGUCCUCUAUGUUGUCCAAGCAGAUCAAGUAUAUUUACAGGACGGUAUGUGCACAAUCAUAAUGCAUUGAACAACUCAAUCAGUGGUAACUGUAGUAGUCCAGCCUGGCAAAAGACGCAGGAAACUAAUGCAUUCCCAACAUAUCUGAAGUCACAUGGAUAUGAAACAUUCUUUGCGGGAAAAUAUUUAAAUCAGUAUGGUAAAAAAGCAGCGGGUGGUGUGGAACAUGUACCACCAGGCUGGGACAAUUGGUAUGGAUUGGUGGGAAAUUCUGUAUAUUAUAAUUAUUCAUUGUCAGUAAAUGGAAAACGAGAAAAACACGGUGACCAGUACCCACAGGACUAUCUUACUUCUGUAAUUCAUAAAAGGGCUCGACAGUUUCUUGAUGGAAGACAUAAAUGGUCAAAUAGUCCAUUCUUUAUGAUGUUAUCAACCCCGGCUUGUCAUAGCCCCUUUACUCCUGCUCCACAACAUAACUCCAGCUUCAGUAACAUGACAGCGCCAAGAAAUGGCAGUUACAACGUUAAAGCAAAGAAUAAACACUGGCUGAUAGAGCAAGCUAUUGUACCGAUGCCGGAUGAUUCAGUCAAGAAUUCUGAUGAAAUUUUCAGAAACAGAUGGCGAACAUUGCUGUCUGUAGAUGACAUGGUAGAAGAUAUAUUAGAUACACUUGAUUCUAAUGGGAUUCUAGAUAACACAUAUAUAUUCUUUUCAUCUGACAAUGGCUAUCACUUAGGUCAGUUCGGUUUACCAUAUGAUAAAAGACAACUGUAUGAUUUUGAUAUCCGUGUGCCGCUGAUGGUUAGAGGGCCUGGGAUAAAGAAUGGAACAUUUUCUGAUGAGGCUGUACUGAACAUUGACCUAGCACCCACAUUUCUAAGUCUUAUGGGAGGGUUUAUGCCAGGAGCUGAUGGUGUUAGCUUUAAAGACAUACUUCAUCCACAAGACAAUGGUACAAAACCUGUACGAGGAACAUUCCUAGUGGAGCAUACAGGAGAAUAUUCUGAUACUAUCAAAGGCUGUCCACAGUACACUGGGCAAAACAUGAAUAAUUGCGAUCAGCAUUGUGUUUGUGAGGACUCUAUGAAUAAUACAUUUGCCUGUAUAGUACAAAUAAGUCAAACAAGGAACAUGAAAUAUUGUGAAUUUAUUGAUUCACAGAAUUCUGUUGAGAUUUACGAUUUAAAAGCUGAUCCAGCAGAAUUAACUAAUUUAUACCAAACAACAGAUCCAAAGACUAUAGCAUUGUUUGAGAAACAGUUACAGUUCCUAUCUACAUGUGAAGGAGACAGAUGUCAUAGUGUUCCAACCUAGCUAUAAAUUCUGUGUGCAAUUAGAAACCUUUUAUACUUAUUUGUUAUCAUUCCAUUAGUGUCAAACAUUUUUUGGAGUGGUCAUGUUUCAAUAUUGAAUCAAAUAUCAAAUAUUUAAUCAAAGUUUCGAGGGUCAAAACUUUUCAGUUGGUAUAUACUGCAUAAUACAUACAUGUUAAGUCUUUUUUCAUUUGCUGUACUCAUUUGUUAAUGUUAGUUAAUUUUAGAUAUGAAAAAUUGCUAGGAUCCAAAGGGUUGAAAUUUGACAUAUACAAUUUGUUUAUAAUUAUAUGUGUAUAGGUUAUUUUACAUGAUGAGAUAAUACUUGUAUGUGUUUUAAUAAGCACAUUUUAGCAUAUACAUUAUUUUGUUUAUUUUAACCUAUGUGUCAAGAUAAAUAUGUUUUACUUUUCUGUCAGAAACAGGUAAGAAAAAUGGAAUAUUUCUUCAACUCUUAACCUGCUAAAUUAUCCCUGCUUUGCAUUGAGAGCAGUUCAUUUAAAGUUUAAGAGAUUAUAUCAAAGUACGAAGAUUUAGUUACCAGUGGUAUAAAGCCUGGUCAGACUACAUGGAUGUACUGCCUGGUCUGGCUCUUUUCUAGUGGAAACGCUGAUCACUUUGAGUUCCUGCAAGUUAAGGGUCAUAAAAGUGUCUAAAAAUGUACAGCAUUCUGUUCUGAAAAAUAAUUUAAAUGUUAAUAGCUUUUAUACAGCAAUACUCAGUUAAGUGGUGAAUAGUUUUUACUAUUUUAAAACAUAGUAGUGAAUAGUUAUACUUUUAUAAGCCAAUUUAUGUAUUUUAGUUGUUAAAUAGUUGGACAUACAUAAGAUGUGUUUGAUUAAUUACUGUUUUAGUUUUUAUUCAUUAUGGAAUGUUUGAUCUUACGUUCUAUACAUGUUUACAUCGUGCAGAAUGUUUAGCUUUCUUCUUCUUUAAAGAUAUUAUAUGAGGUUCAUUUGUGCUCACAUUUUCAAUUUAAAAAUUAAAAACUAUAUGUGAACGAACAAUUUAGUCAGAAGUUAAUACUUAAAGGCACAUUAUGCCUCAGAAACUAGUAAGUUUUUUAGCUCACCUGUCACAAAGUGACAGGAUGAGCUUUUGUGAUCGCUUUUCGUCCGGCGUCCGUCCGUCGUCCGUCCGUCGUCCGUAAACUUUUGCUUUAAAUGACAUCUCCUCAUAAACCACUGAGCCAAUUUCAUCCAAACUUCACAGGAAUGUUCCUUUGGUGGUCACCUUUAAAAAUUGUUCAAAGAAUUUAAUUCCAUGCAGAACUCUGGUUGCCAUGGCAACCGAAAGAAAAAUCUUAAAAUAUCUUCUUUUAAACAACCCUAAGAGCUAGAGCUUAGAUAUUUGGCAUGAAACAUCUUCUAGUGAGUGUCUACCAAGUUUGUUCAAAUAAAAGCCUUGGGGUCAAAAUUGGCCCCGCCCCAGGGGGUCAUUGAUUUUCCCUAUAUGCAUAUAGUAAAAACUUAAAAAAUCUUCUUUUAAAGAACCCAAAGAGCUAGAGCUAAGAUAUUUGGCAUGAAACAUCUUCUAGUGAGUGUCUACCAAGUUUGUUCAAAUAAAAGCCCUGGGGUCAAAAUUGGCCCUGCCCCGGGGGGUCAUUGAUUUUCCCUAUAUGCAUAAAGUAAAAACUUAAAAAAUCUUCUUUUAAAGAACCGUAAGAGCUAGAGCUUAGAUAUUUGGCAUGAAACAUCUUCUAGUGAAUGUCUUCCAAGUUUGUUCAAAUAAAUCCCUGGGGUCAAAAUUGGCCCCGCCCCCGGGGGUCAUUGAUUUUCCCUAUAUGCAUAUAGUAAAAACUUAAAAAAUCUUCUUUUAAAGAACUCAAAGAGCUAGAGCUAAGAUAUUUAGCAUGAAACAUGUUCUAAUGGGUGUCUACCAAGUAUGGUCAAAUAAAAGCCCUGGGGUCAAAACUGGCCCCGUCCGGGGGGGGGGGGGGUCAUUGAUUUUCCUUAUAUGUGUAUAGCAAAGACUUAAAAAUCGUCUUUGAAAAAACUCAAAUAGCUAGAGUUUAGAUAUUAAGCAUGAAACAUCUUCUAAUGAGUGUCUACAAAGUUUGUUCAAAUAAAAGCCCGGGGGUCAAAACUGGCCCUGCCCCAGGGGUGUCAUUGUUUUUAACUAUAUGUGUAUAGUAAAAACUUAAAAAAUCUUCUUUUAAAAAACCCAAUGAGCUAGAACUUAGAUGUUUAGCAUGAAACAUCUUCUUAUGGGUGUCUACCAAGUCUGUUCAAAUAAACAAAUAAAAGCCCUUGGGUAAAAAAUUGGCCCGGGGGGGGGGGGGGGGG